CUGAUGGAAUAAAUCUAGCACCCUUGGCCUCAUUAGCCACAUUUCCUGCCUGAAAGGACCCCAGACGAGAUUCCCAGCUUCAGGAUGUGGGGGCUCCAGGUUCUGCUGCUGCCCGUGGUGAGCCUUGCGCUGUACCCCGAGGAGAUACUGGACCCUCAGUGGGAGCUAUGGAAGAAGACCUACCGGAAGCAGUAUAAUGGCAAGGUGGAUGAAAUCUCUCGGCGCUUAAUUUGGGAGAGAAACCUAAAGCAUAUUUCCAUCCAUAACCUGGAGGCCUCUCUAGGCGUCCACACGUACGAGCUGUCCAUGAACCACCUGGGAGACCUGACCAGUGAAGAAGUGGUUCAGAAGAUGACUGGGCUCAAAGUCCCUCCCUCUCAUUCCCACAGUAACGACACCUACAUCCCAGACUGGGAAGGCAGGGUUCCCGAUUCUGUCGACUACCGGAAGAAGGGCUAUGUUACUCCUGUCAAGAACCAGGGUCAGUGCGGUUCCUGCUGGGCUUUCAGCUCCGUGGGCGCCCUGGAGGGCCAGCUCAAGAAGAAGACGGGCAAGCUCUUAAAUCUGAGUCCCCAGAACCUGGUGGACUGUGUGUAUGAGAACGACGGCUGUGGUGGCGGCUACAUGACCAACGCCUUCCAGUACGUGCAGCAGAACCGGGGCAUCGACUCCGAGGACGCCUACCCGUACGUGGGCCAGGACGAAAGCUGUAUGUACAACCCAACAGGCAAGGCGGCCAAGUGCCGAGGGUACAGAGAGAUCCCUGUAGGCAGCGAGAAGGCGCUGAAGAGAGCUGUGGCCCGCGUGGGACCGGUGUCUGUGGCCAUUGACGCGAGCCUGACCUCCUUCCAGUUCUACAGCAAGGGUGUGUAUUACGAUGAAAGCUGCAACGGGGACAAUCUGAACCACGCUCUGCUGGCAGUGGGGUAUGGGAUCCACAGGGGACACAAGCACUGGAUACUUAAGAACAGCUGGGGAGAAGACUGGGGAAACAAAGGCUACGUUCUCCUGGCUCGAAAUAAGAACAACACCUGUGGCAUCGCCAACCUGGCCAGCUUCCCCAAGAUGUGACUGAGCCAGCCGGCCCUCUGCUCUUCAGUUCCGUCUGCGAUGGCGCAGUGUCGCGAUGUGCCGUGGAAGGGAGCUGUGUACCACUCUUGAGACAGAUGUGGACACGCUGGGAUUGUGUGCUUCAUUUCUUCACUCCGCGGUGCUGCGAGCGACGCCCCUGCUGCUUUCCUUCUAGCCCCCCGAGGACUGUCCUCUGGGCCCGCACGCAGGAACCCCUGCCCGGUGUGGGUGCAUGGCUGAGACGUGCCGCAGCCUCGCCUGGCUGUGCUGUCCCGGGGCUGUGCUGUCCCGGGGCUGUGCUGUCCCGGGGCUGUGCUGGGGAGGCCGUCGAGUGGGGGCUGGAUUCCCGGGCAUGCGGACCAGAUAGCGCUCAGCACCCCGGAAGACUAAGGCCACCCACCAGCCUUUGCAGUUCGAGUUCCCUUCCAUAGCCUCGAGGUAGAGACGGCCAGUGUCCUCCACUCCAGUUCACAAGUGUAUGCAUAGGUCUUGGGUGCGGGUUCGCAAGACAGAAGAAAUGUUUUCUUUUUCCUU